AUGGCACACAACCAGGAGCAUCUAGCUAAGACCCCCGUCAUCAAGUUCAAGCAACAGGACUUUUACUCCUUGCGGGAUUAUUGCCUAGACAGAGGCCUGCUGUUUGAGGAUGACACGUUCCCUGCUGAGACUUAUUCUAUAGGUCUGCAGCUGCUCGAGGGGAAAAACCUCUCCAACCUAAGCUGGAUGCGGCCCAAGGAUUUACUGAAGGGUAAAUCAGAGCCCCACUUCAUCCUGGAAGGUGCAAGCAGAUUCGACAUCCAACAAGGAGAGGCAGGAGAUUGUUGGUUCCUGGCAGCACUGGGGUCCUUGACACAGAACCCACAGUAUCUGCAGAGUAUCCUCAUGGACCAAAGCUUUUCAUACCAAUAUGCGGGGAUUUUCCAUUUUCGGUUCUGGCAUUGUGGCCAGUGGGUGGAAGUGGUGAUUGACGAUCGCCUCCCUGUCCUGAACAACGAGUACCUCUUUGUUCAUCCUCGCCACAAACAAGAGUUUUGGCCGUGCCUGCUGGAGAAAGCCUAUGCCAAGUUUCGUGGGUCCUAUGUCAGCCUGCACUAUGGCUACCUCCCUGAUGCCCUGGUGGACCUCACAGGAGGGGUGGUCACCAGCAUCAGCCUGCACUCCUCCUCGUCUGACCUGAUGACGGUGGUGAAGACGGCAGCCGAGGCAGGCUCCCUGAUGACCUGCGGCACCCUGGCUGGGCCGACAGAUGAGUCCACGAGGAUGGUGAACGGGCUGGUGAGUCGCCAUGCCUACACGGUGACUGGCGCUGAGCAGAUUCAGUACGGGAGGAGCUGGGAAUAUCUUAUCCGCCUGUGGAACCCCUGGGGCAAGAUCGAAUGGAAAGGGCCCUGGAGCGAUGGGUCUCUGGAGUGGCAGGAAACCCAUGACCAACGGAAAAGCCAGUUGUAUGAGAAUAAGGAUGAUGGCGAGUUUUGGAUGUCAUGUCAAGAUUUCCGAGAUAACUUCUUCUGUCUAUUUAUAUGUAACCAAGUUCCAAUCAGUCUGGACCAUGGAAACACACUCCAUGAAAGAUGGUCCCAAAUGAUGUUUAAGAAUCACUUAAUUCCAGGAAACACUGAAGGACCCCAGAGGGACAUUCAGUAUAUCUUCUCUGUGCCAGACAGCAUGGAAAACAACAACGUCAUCGUGUCCUUCAACAUUGUGUCACAAAAUUUAAAGGCAAAAGACAGGACAUUUCCACUAAAGUUCGAGGUGUUCAAGGUCGACUCUCAGUUCCAGCACUUCCAAGAGAGAUUGCCGUCCACCUUUUUUUCCAAAUUCAGAAUUGCUGAGAAGGGCAUCAUUUCUGAAACCAUGUGCAACCUUACAGAACGCUUCAGUCUCAGCCCUGGGACCUAUGUGGUGGUCAUCUCUGCAGGCAGAGAAGCAGUUGAGUUCUUGCUCCGAAUCUUCCUGAAGAUGCCAGACAGUGACAGGCAAGUCAUCCAGGAAAUGGCUCCCAACAAAGCAUUUUCUACAGAUAUGCUCAGCAGGGGCUGGAAAUUGAUGCUACUCAGCUUCAGAGCCUUCUCAACCAGCAAUUCCUAA